AUGGUCUGUGAUUUGACACAGUUUUAUACCAUUGCUUGGCUAUCCAAGUCAUAUAUUUACUAUUUUUUUUUCAUUGGCUCUUCAAUACCUGUCCCUGCUACCAAUACUUGGAUAAUAUAUUAUAAACAUUCAGGAUUUGGUCAUCACUAA